GGGACCCGCCGCGCAGCCCCCUCCAUGCGGCUGGCCGGGAGCGCCGGCUCCCCCCGGGCGGCGCCCUCCCCCGGGAACGGCAGCCGGUGGCGGGCGGCGGAGCCCGACGGCGGCAGCAGCCCCAGCCCCGAGGCAUGGUCGGGGUCGCCCAACGGCAGCCUGGGCGGCUGGGACCCCUUCGGGCGGGACGAGGAGCUGGCGAAGCUGGAAAUCGCCGUGCUGGCCGUCACCUUCGCCGUGGCGGUGGUGGGCAACGGCAGCGUGCUGCUGGCCCUGCGGCGCACGCCGCGCAAGGCGUCCCGCAUGCACCUCUUCAUCCGGCACCUCAGCCUGGCCGACCUGGUGGUGGCCUUCUUCCAGGUGUUGCCCCAGCUCUGCUGGGAGGUGACCCACCGCUUCCACGGCCCCGACGGGCUCUGCCGCGUCGUCAAGCACCUGCAGGUCUUCGGCAUGUUCGCCUCGGCGUACAUGCUGGUGGCCAUGACCGCCGACCGCUACAUCGCCGUCUGCCACCCGCUGAAGACGCUGCAGCAGCCCACCAAACGCUCCUACGGGAUGAUCGCGGCGGCCUGGGCGCUCAGCCUGCUGCUCAGCACCCCGCAGUACUUCAUCUUCUCCCUCAGCGAGGUGGAGCGCGGCUCGCAGGUCUACGACUGCUGGGCGCACUUCAUCAUGCCCUGGGGGCCCCGCGCCUACAUCACCUGGAUCACAGGCGGCAUCUUCGUCGCGCCCGUCUUCAUCCUCGUCACCUGCUACGGCUUCAUCUGCUACCACAUCUGGCGCAACGUCAGGGGCAAGACGCGCCCGGGGGAGGCGGCGGCGGGCGGCGGGCGGCGGGCGGGCGGCGGCGGCCCGAGGCGGGGGCUGCUGCUCGCCCCCUGUGUCAGCAGCGUCAAGACCAUCUCCCGUGCCAAGAUCCGCACCGUCAAGAUGACCUUCGUCAUCGUCUCGGCGUACGUCGUCUGCUGGGCGCCCUUCUUCACCAUCCAGAUGUGGUCCGUCUGGGACCAGCGCUUCCCCUGGGUCGAUUCUGAAAACACAGCGACUACUGUCACAGCUCUGCUGGCCAGUCUGAACAGUUGUUGUAACCCAUGGAUCUACAUGUUCUUCAGCGGGCAUCUCCUGCAAGACUGCAUACAGAGCUUCCCUUGCUGCCAAAAAAUAAAGCAAACACUGAGUAAAGAUGAUUCAAACAGCAACAGCAGGCGACAGACUUCUUUUACCAACAACAGAAGCCCAACCCACAGCCUGAACACCUGGAGAGAGUCGCCCCACUCCAAAUCAACCAGCUUCAUCCCCAUUCCAACCUGAGACAGGCACCGGGGCAGGCAGGGCUGGCAGCCCCCUAACAGUGCUUGGGAAGGGUACGGCAUAGCACUUUACGCUGCUCAAAGGCACCGGUCAUGGUAACAAGGAACGACUAA